GGGCUAUAAUGAAGGAAAUAUAUCUGGCCGGUGCCGCAGCGGCAUUCACAGUCGACAUGCUCGUAUAUCCUCUCGAUACGCUGAAAACGCGCUAUCAGAGCCAGGACUUCAUGCCCAAGUCCGUAACCGCCUCAAAUUCAAAGCCUCUGGCCGUGCGCGGCCUGUACCAAGGGAUAGGGAGUGUGAUAUUGGCUACUCUUCCAGCAGCUGGAGUCUUCUUCGCCACGUAUGAAAGCGCAAAGGGCAUAUUCGGGCGGCAUUUGCCUGUGCCUGAGCCCGUGGUCCAUUCGUGUGCCUCAUCGGUCGCCGAGAUGGCAUCCUGUCUUGUCCUUACUCCAGGAGAAGUAAUAAAGCAGAACGCUCAAAUGAUACGCGCCCAACCUGCGGGAUCAAGUCUGCGCAACUCCACAUCGUUGGCGGCGUUCCGUCGCAUAGCUGGAGGGGGAAAUAUGGCAGGGGGUCUGUUUUCGGGAUACACAGCGUUGGUGGCACGCAAUUUGCCCUUUACGGCGCUCCAAUUUCCCAUGUUUGAGUACGCAAGAGGGCGUCUAUGGGACAAACGGCUGCGUCUUAGAAAGGACCAGACGAAAGGCGUGCUGGAGACGGGCUUGGUAGCCGGAUCGAGUGCGGCAAUGGCCGGGGCUCUGGCUGCGCUUGUGACAACGCCGAGUGAUGUGAUUAAGACACGGAUGAUGGUGAAAGUAGGCACUGGCGAUGAGAGGAGCAAAGUUCAGCGGCAUCGCAGGGGCGCAAUUACAGUUGCGCGAGAUGUCUGGCGUGAAAAGGGGUUCCGGGGAUUCUUUCGUGGAGGAGCGUUUCGCUGUGCUUGGACGGCGGUUGGGAGCGGUUUAUAUCUCGGCAUGUAUGAUGCCGCCAAAUUAUGGCUUGGAGGUGAAGAGGGAGACUAGACAGGCGGUUGGGAAAGGUGUUUGAGUAUUUUUAUGGAGUAUUUUCAUGGAGUACUAUAAAGUAUUGUUGUAAUCUAGCAAGAAUUUC